AGGUCAUGACUGGAUGUUCAUCCUCCCAUUGCCACAUGCAGUGCACCUGACUGUCCACUCAUUCAUUCGGCUUUUUCCUUUCUUUGUCACCAUCUGUAGCUGGUGAUGUUAGAAACAGGUUAAAUUGAGAGUACACUCAGAUAAAGUCUGGGUGCGUUAAUGAAUGUGUCAGUGAGAGAUAAGAGAAGAGGAGGCGCAUCCUAACGACCACAGCCCUCCUCCUCCUCCUCCUCCUCCUGUGAGGCGCCUCCUGACGCUUCUUCUUCUUCUCUCAGUCUCUCAGCAUGUAGCUCAGCGGGGUCACAGUGAGAGGAGCAUCAGGAGCAAAGACAAGAAACUGGAAAAAGCUUCUUACCUGUCACAUAAGAAGGAACUAGCCGUGUUUCAGCCACCGUCUCCGCUUUCCUCCUCCAGUGUUUUUACGCGCGGCGGACCGCGGAGAGAUGGACGCGGUGCGCCCGGAGUGGAGCGCUGUGCCGCGGCUCUGCCUCCUCCUCCUGCUCCUCCUGCUGGGCUCCUCCGUGCCCACCUCGACGGCCUGGGACCUGGUUCUCCUCCACACCAACGACGUGCACGCCCGGCUGGAGGAGACCUCCAGACACUCCGGGAAAUGCGUCAACAGCAGCCAGUGUUUCGCCGGCGUGGCCCGGAGAUCCACGGCGAUCAAGAGGAUCCGCAGCUCCGAGAGCAACGUGCUGCUGCUGGACGCUGGAGACCAGUUCCAGGGGACCGUCUGGUUCAAUUACUACAAGGGAGCAGAGGCCGCGCAUUUCAUGAACAAACUGCGUUAUGAUGCCAUGGCUUUUGGGAAUCAUGAGUUUGACAACGGAGUGGAGGGACUCAUGAAACCGUUCAUGGAGAAGAUCAAGUGUCCUGUUCUCAGCGCGAACAUCAAACCAGACCAAACUCUGGCCCCGACGUUCGGGAAGUCGUACCAACCUUUUAAGAUACUUACAGUCGGUGACCAGAAGGUGGGCGUGGUGGGAUACACGUCCCAGGAGACGCCUGCUCUGUCCAGACCUGGUCCACACCUGCGGUUCGAGGAUGAGGUGAGCUCCCUGCAGCUGCAUGUGGACAAACUUCAGACGCUGGGAGUCAAUAAGAUCAUCGCUCUGGGUCACUCUGGUUUCACCGUGGACAAGCAGAUCGCCAAGAAGGUCCGCGGAGUCGACGUCGUCAUCGGGGGACACACCAACACUUUCCUCUACACAGGAACACGUCCUUCCUCUGAAGUCCCUGCUGGUCCAUAUCCUUUCAUGGUGAAAUCAGACUAUGGGCGGCAGGUUCCUGUGGUGCAGGCCUUUGCCUUUGGGAAAUAUCUGGGUUAUCUGAAGGUGACCUUUGACAAUGCUGGAAAUGUAGUGAAGUCCACAGGAAACCCCAUCCUGCUGAACAGCAGCAUCCCACAGGAUCCAGAGGUUCUGGCUGAUGUGGAGGAAUGGAAGAAGAAUCUGGCCAACUACUCGGCUCAGGUGGUGGGAAAGACUCUGGUCUUCCUGAACGGGGAAACUGAGGAGUGUCGUUUCCGGGAAUGUAACCUGGGAAACCUGAUCUGCGAUGCCAUGAUCGCCAACAACAUCAGAUCCUCAGACGGCGUCCAGUGGAACCACGUCAGCGCCUGCAUCUUCAACGGAGGGGGCAUCCGGGCAUCCAUCGACGAACACACCAGGAAUGGUUCGAUCACCAUGGAGGACCUGAUCUCUGUCUUACCCUUCGGAGGAACCUUUGACCUGGUGCAGCUGAAAGGCUCCACACUGAGGAAAGCUUUCGAACACUCAGUGAGACGAUAUGGCCAGAGCACUGGAGAAUUCCUACAAGUGUCCGGAUUUCACGUAGAGUUUGACCUCUCCAAACCUUCGGGGCAUCGAGUGAAGAGCCUCAACAUCCUCUGCACAAAAUGUCGUGUCCCCCACUACGAACCGGUUCAGGACGAGACGGUUUAUAAAGUGGUGGUGCCGUCCUACAUAGUCACCGGUGGAGACGGAUUCUCCAUGAUCAAAAACGAGACGAUCAAACACAACAGCGGGGAUCUGGACAUCUCAGUCGUGUCCAACUACAUCGCACAGAGGAAGAAAGUUUAUCCGUCUGUUGAAGGACGCAUCAAGAUCUACAACUCAGCUUCUGGACUGCGAGGACAAACUGCUCCGCUGGUUUUACUUUCACUGGGUCUGCUCUGGACUCUGUGUGGGACCAUGUAAGACUCAGUCCACUCAGAAAACACAAGAGGACAGAGAGGAGUUUUUAACCAGACUGUUUUUAUAAUGAAGAGGUAACAGCUCUGAUGGAUGUAAUUCAACAGGACUGACAAAAAUAUCAAAGGGACAACAAAAGGGAAGCUCUAGUAGCCAGACAUUUUCCAAACAGGUUGUUUGGGUUUUGUCUUGAGACUCCAUUUCCAUCACACACACCUAAAAGGUCAAAAGGUUUAAGCGAACACUGGCUUAAAGGCUGCAGUUCUUCUAAUGUCCACUAAGACCUCUACUGAGGUACUGUUUCUAGGUCCAACUUUGCAGAGGCUCUCCUGUUUUCAGUAUGUCCAGUGUCAUUUAAAUAGAAUCUGAGUCCACAUGGUUGAAAUGGUUGCGGUUGAUACAUUUUUUAAACAGAUAAACAAAGUGAGACGCUAGCAGAUGCUAACAUUAGCCAGCUAACCUAGCUAAUGUUAGCACCAGUAUAGAUAGGGUGAAUAGUUUAUUUGGACUCGGAUCUAUUCAGACAACACAGGACGCAGCAUCUUGGAAACAGAAAACAGAAGUCCCCAAUUUCUCACUUUUUCCACAAACAACUUUUUAUGACAGAUUUAUUUUUUCUCUGCAGAGAUAUGAAUCCAAAUCGAACAAGCUUCAAACCAUUCGUUCAGAAGCCAGUUUUAGCAGGAUACUGAACGUUUAAAGACUGAAAUCACAGCAGCUGACCGGCUAACAGUCGGCCCUUCAAUGCUGAUCUCUGCAGACACCGAUUUUCUAAUCAUUUCUUGAAGGAUAAUCAUUUGGACUGACUCAGGGUCACCAGGGUUUUGAUUUAACUGGAGUCCACACUAAUACUUUAACAGAUUCACCUCUAUUUAGUGUCAAAUUAUUAUUUCUUUGCUGGAAAACUUCCAAGUAACAGUAAUUUGCAGACCCGUACCAUCUGGUGUUUGGAAGCAAAGUCAUCCUCACAAUCUAACUGUGAAGUUGUCAGAAACAACUCUUAGAUAUUUUUAUGUGGUCGUAUAAACAUCUUUAGUUGGAUUUUAGAAACUGGGACUUUUAGCCAAUGAAAGAAGACGUCAACAAAACGGGAAAUGAAAGAAGUAAAGCUGCUCUUUCAAACAGAAGUAGUAAUAAGUACUUUAGUAGGAUAUUACUGACAGGAGUAUUAUGUGAAAUGAUAAACUUCAGCCUUUGUUUUGUAUUUCCUGGUACAGUGGUCAGACUCUUCUUUACCCACAGCAGCAGUCGACUGAACACUGACUGAGUCCAUCAGUGCUGAGCAGACUCUCCUCUGUGACGCCCUCAGUUUUUAACCAGAGCCGCUCAGUGAGAACAGGUGGGAACAAGGCCUCCUCUGUGUGAGGGAUCUCCCAAACAACGCUCGCUGCCUGUUAAUGCUCGGGAACUCCUUGUUAGUCGUUUCAGUGUAACCCGACACAGCUGGCAGCAGACUGCAUCGUCACGAGCUGCCAAACCCAUGAAAACAACCACAUUAAUUCGCCCUGAGCUUCCAUUUAGUGCAGUGGAGUUCUGGGAAGAGAUGAGGAAACUGAACUGGCAGCAGUCAUAUGGGAAUCAGAGUCACAGUCAGGAGUUUUUAAUUUUUAGCUUUUUACAGUUUAGUUUUAUAUUUAGUUACUGACUGAAAGUUUAACCACAGGCUCGCCAGAGGUUCAGCUUGGUUGAUGAUUUCAUGUCUUGAUGACACUUUCUGUUGUUGUUUUACAGUUUUUAAACAGCACUGAUGCAGUACCAACAUUACAGUUUCAAGUAAUACUGGGAAAUACUCCAUUACAAGCAAAAUGUCAUGAAGGAUAAAAGUACUCAGUUUGCAGUAAAAUGUCGUCUGUGACUGAUGGAUUGCAACUAUUGGGACAUAAUUUCAUACUGCGAUAAAAAUUAUACAAAGUGAUAUAAUAUAAUUUUUUCAAUAGUUCAAUAUAAUUAAUUUCCAUGAUUUGAUUGCAUGAACAGAAAGAACUGCAUAGGAAUAGAGGUUUUAGAUGAGUUAGAUUUUAUCAUUUUCUGCCUUAUAUUAGUAAAAUGUUUGUCUGUCGAGUGUUUGUCGUGUUCUGACCAUAAAGAAAAUCUUAAAACCACAACUAACUUUCACUCAGGAGCAAAAAUCAGCCUUUAAACUUGAAGGAAACAAUGAGCUGUAAAAUAAAGUGUUAUCAGUAACUGUGGUGGAGAGUCUGAAGGAGCAAAAACUUGACUGGACACCUACUCAGACUAAAAGCUGCUCAACAUCUGCUGUUUUAACACGGCUCCUGUCACUCUAAGUUCACCAUUACCAUUACCAUUAUUAUUGGAAAAGUUGUUUUUGGAGGCACAGACACAUCUGUCUUUUUCUAACUGACAAAGUUGAACACCAACAGUUCAGCUGAAGAAAUAAAACAAUAACCUGAACUUUACCUGCACAUGAAGUUGACCAGGUGUGUCUCUGAAUUCCUCAAAUGUUCCUGGAAAUAUUUAAAUCUGCUGUAGAUGUUUAAUGACUUUUAAUAAUCAUUCUCCACAGUGACAUGUAAACACUGUCACUGGCACUGGAAGAAAACACAGACAGAGUUAUCUGCAGUGACAUCAAUAAAUAUAUAGAUCUUUUUAUUUGUGCAUUAAAAUACAUUGGAAUGUAGAGAUGUUCCCAGAGGUUGUGGAAAUAGUUGAGUAUUGCACUUCCAUGGUCCAGGAUGUGGAUACAGUGUUGAGUUCAUAUGAUGGUGAGUUCCUUCGCUCCCUGCUGAGGAGGAAACACCUGCUUUAAUCUCACAGUUGAAAUGUUUGCUCAUGUCUGAUCAAUAAUCAAAGCUGAUCAAAUUUAUAGUAUGGGAACAGGAAGUGUAAACAAACCUGUUUCAGACUUUUGUCAUUAUCAGUAACUUUGAAAUUCUCUGAGGCACAUUUUUGCUUUUCAGUCAGUAAAAAAGUGAAAUGAAACCAGACCUGGUCAGAGAGGUAACUCUGGCUUCAGGUGACUGGGCUGAGCUGAAACAGGAAAGCUGAGUUUAUCUUGUUUCUACAGAUGAGUUUAAACAUUUUGUCAUUUGGAGGCUUUUAAUGUGAAAUGUGUCUCCCCUUGCUGGGAAACACUGAGAUGAAUUGACACUCUAUGUCCCACAUUAGAUCCUGUAUUAGUCUCCUGUAUUUCUCCAUCUCCUCUGACUGUUCCCAGAAUUCAUGGUCUCACUCUCUCAAGCCCAACUCAGUGACGUCGUGUCUCUUCCUGUAUUAUGUCUUUACAUUCUCUGCUGUCACUUGUUUACCUUGCUGAGUUCAGGAAACAGCUCCUGCACGGCGAUGUCCAGCAGGACAUAGGUCAUCUGAGGAGACAAGGAAACAAUAAAUCCACUGCUGUGAGAGAAACAGUUUCUAGAAGAGUGCACUUUAAAUCUUAUUAGUUAUGUUACUGUCACAGCCAUUUAACAUCUGCUAGUUACACUCCUCUGACAUUUCGUAGCGUUCCUUCCAUCCUGUAAAUCUGUUUAUCAUGUCUUGAGUUUUCUUCUCUCCUACACAGCCUCUUAGAUAAAAGUAUCAUCUCUUUAUAUUAACUGUAUUUUUGUGUGGAUACAAACAAAUAAAUAUAAAUUUCUAUUUUA